AUGCCAACGUACGUCUUGACGGGCGCAAAUAGAGGCCUGGGUCUUGAAUUCGUCCGUCAACUAUCUUCAGAUAGUUCCAACACCGUCAUUGCCGCUGUACGAAGCCUUCAAGGGGAACUCGAUGAACUCAAGCAACUCGCUUCCAAGGCCGCGGGCAAGGUCCAUAUUCUGGAAUGCAACACCGGCGACCUGAAGUCGAUCCACGCCUUCGGCGACGCUGUCAAAGAACCCCUGGCGGGGAAGCAAAUUGACUGUCUCCUGAACAAUGCCGGCAUCAAUGCCACCUCGGAGCAAACCAGCCUGGAUAUGACGGCCGACAGUCUGAGGAACCACAUCGACAUCAACGUCAUGGGUCCGGCUGAGACGGUGAAAGUUCUGCUGCCGUAUCUAGGCAAGGGCAGUGUGGUGAUGAACAUGACCAGUGGACUGGGGAGCUGUGGGAAGAAAAUACCAAAGUGCACGACGUACUCCAUCUCCAAGGCCGCGGUGAACAUGUUAACUGUGCAUCAAAGCGAACAGUUGAAAGAUCGAGGUAUCAAGGUUAUAUGCAUGGAUCCCGGUUGGGUCAAGACUCGAAUGGGCGGAGAGGGCGCGAUCCUAGAACCCGAAGUCAGCAUCGGAGGAAUGCUAAACGUUUUGCAUGAGCUCAAGGACUCGGAUACCGGCAAGUUCUACACGUAUACAGGUGAAGAAGUGCCAUGGUAG